AUGGAUACGAAUGGUAGGCCACAAACCUCACUAUCAUCAACUCGGCGGUCCGUGAUUGGCAAUGUGGUAUUUGAGACGGUUGCGUCCUCGAACAUGACUGGCAUGCGUGCGUACAUAGAAGGUGGCGGAGAUAUAAAAGUGACAUCCCCCACUGGUGUGAAUCUCUUUAUGUUUGCGUGUGGCAGUGGUAACUAUCCGAUGGCCAAAAUGCUUUUAAACACGAACAAAGUUAAUGUUCUCGACCGGGAUCAUAAAAAUAGAAAUUGCCUUCAUCAUUUGCUAAUGGGAAGGAAAGAAAGUGUUGAUAUAUUUAGAAUGAUGCAACCAAGACUAUUGACACAAACUCGUGACAUUGAUGGGAAGUUACCACUGGAAUAUGCCCUCCACUUGAAACUCCCAUUAAUGGUCAAACUGAUCUUAGACAUCGAUAACUUCGAGGACGUCAAGUUGUGUUAUGACUAUGACAACACCCCACAAAUACAAAUGCCAAGCACUGCUAAUAGAUACGGCUUUGUUAACCAACAAGAAAACUCCUUUUUCGAAGUGCCAAAUUUGACUUCUCAACAAAUGAAAACAAACACCGAACGCAUUAAAAAAUGGAAACAUAUGCUUUCUUCGUUGGGUAAAGGACUUGUCCCAGAUAAGUUAUACCCAAGAGUCUAUAAAGGCCUUCCCGACGAAGUACGACGGGACGUUUGGCGGAUUGUGUUGUUUCCCGCCAUCGACAUGGGCGACCUGAAAAAGGAAUUUGAAAGCCUUAACAAAAGCCCGAAGAAUGGGAUUGACAAACAACUCCAUCUCGAUGUGAUACGUACCUUUCAACAACAUUAUAAUUUCAAGGAAAGCUUUGCUGGUGGACAGAAGAUGUUGUUUCAAAUCUUCCACGCUAUUGCCACGAAGGAAAAGCAAUUUGAGUUUACUCAAGGGAUGACUUGUGCUCCAUCGAUGCUUACUCUAUUCUUAGACUCUGUCGAAUCAUAUGGAGGGACUUUACAAUUGAUGGGGAAGAAGUAUCGACUCAAAGAGAUGUUUAGCGAUUUCAAGUUGGUCAACUCGUGUUGGUUGGUCACGAAACAAACGAUCGAAAUGCGUCAUCCGAAACUGUAUAAAAAGUUCAAGGAUCUCGGGUUCGACUUCUCGCGACUCCCUUUCUUCAUCUUCGAGUGGCAUUAUCUCUGGUUCAUCCAUGCGUUGCCUUUCGAUUUUGCUCUGAAACUGUUUGACGUGAUCUUACUCGAUGGGUUCUAUGCACUCUUUAAUAUCGGCGACACCAUCUUCCACUACUUGGAGAAGUACGACUUCACUGCGGUCAAUGAGAACGACUUGCAGCAGAAGUUGAAAACGCCCCUCAGCCUUAUGAAGAAACAACCGACCAUCGAGAAGUUCCUUCGGUACAUGUAUAGACAUCGAAGUAAGUGGAACGAACUUAAUGUUAAAGUCUAA